AUGAUUAGUCUUCAGCAACAGGCAAGGCGUUUUCUUGCUCACAGCAGCAACGCUCGUCUCUUCUGCUCCAACACAAACCAAACCAUAUGGGCGUCGAAUCAAACCUUGCAGAGCCGGAUAGAGUCGGCUUUAAAUCAGAAGGCAAAGAUCAGUACGGUGCUUGAGCAAUGGAGACAACAAGGGAACAAGUUGAAUCCUUCUCUGGUGAGAGGAAUCUUCGAGAAGCUCCGCGACUCCAAGCGGUAUCCACAAGCCCUAGAGGUAUCACAGUGGAUGGCUGAACGUAAGAUAUGCAGUCUCGUACCUGAAGAUUACGCAGCACGUUUUAAUCUGGUCGAGAGUGUAUUAGGUUUAGAAGAAGCAGAGAAGUUCCUGGAGAAGGUCCCCGAGAAUCUGAAAGGUGAGUCUAUGUACACAUCUCUACUAAAGAGCUACGCAAAGUCUGGUAAGAGAAGUCUUGGGAGAGCAGAAGCUGCUUUCAAGAAGAUGAGAGAGCUAGGUUUGCUCUUGAAACCUUCACCGUACAGCUCCAUGACCUCUCUCUACAGCUCUAUUGGAAACCGAGGUAAGGUCGAUGAGAUUCUGCGAGAGAUGAAGGAUAACAACGUCAAGCUUGAUAGUCUCACCUUGAACAACGUUUUGCGAGUGUACGCUGCUGAAUCUGACGUGGCGUCGAUGGAAAAGCUUCUGGAGGGUUCGGAAGAGGCCGCAAGUACGCUUCAGUUGCGCACAGUUCUUGACAUGGCAAAGGCUUAUCUGAGAGUUGGUUCUAAGAGAGAAGCGAGAGGUAUGCUUCUUAGAGCAGAGGUGCUAAACGAACCCGCCUCCUAUGUGGAGCUCAUGAGGCUAUACGGUGAAGCAGGAAAGUGUAGUGAAGAUAUUUACCGUAUAUGGAACCUAUACAAGAAGACAGGAAAGCAGAACAGCGAAGGUUUCCUAGCUUUGCUUGGAUCUCUCUUGAAUCUUGAUGAUACCAAAGGAGCAGCAGAGAUGUACUACAAAGAGUACGAGUGUUCUGGUCUUGAGUUUGAUGUCCGAAUCCCAAAUACGUUGGUGUCUGGUUUUCGCAAAAAGGGAAUGGUGAGAAAAGCAGAUAACUUGAUGAACAAGACUUUAAGGAACAAAAUGCUUGCUGAUAAAGAAAUCGCUCCGUUGCUGGAAGAGUGGGGGAAGCCUUCAGAGCUGAGAGACCUCAUCAAGAAUCUUAAAGAUUCAAAUCAGUUCUCUAAAGCACUUGAGGCAUCUUCAUGGCUUUGUGGUCAAAAGGCGAUUAAUCUUUUUCCAGAAGAUUAUGCAGAUAGGCUUGACCUAACUGAGAAAGUGUUGGGUUUGAAAGAAGCUGAUAAGUUUUUCAACACAAGCAUCCCUGAAAAUAUGAAGAGCUUCUCUGUCUACUCCACACUCUUGAACUCAUACACGAGAUCUCACCAAAACAUUGAUAAAGCUGAGGCUAUCUUUGAGAAGAUGGGAGAGCUAGGUUUCCUCACCAAACUCUCACCGUUUAAGUCGAUGAUAUCUCUCUACAGCGUGCUAGGGAAACCAGCUGAGAUAGAAAAUCUUCUAAGGAAGAUGAAGGAGAAGAACAUAGAGCCGGAUAGUGUCACAAUGAACAACGUUUUGAGAGUAAACGCUUAUGUAUCAGCCGUUGACUUGAUGGACGAGCAUAAGAGCCAAUGGGUUGAUGAUGGAGAGCUCAAGCUUGAAGUGGAAACGAUGGAAGCAAUGGCAGCGGCUUACGAGAAAGCAGGAUCAAUACUUAAGGCGGUAGAGAUAACAACGAGUAAACAAGAAGUGUACCGUCUAAGGGACAUGAUAGGAGAGAUGGGUAAUGAAGAGUAUCUAAGUGUGAUUAGGUCUUUGUCGAAGCUUGGUGAUGUACAAGGAGCACAAGAGAUGUAUGGAGAGUGGGAACAAGUUAAAGGAGUAGAGUUCGAUGCUAGGAUACCUGGUUUGCUAAUCUCACGUUAUUGCCAGGUCGAAGGUGAUGAAAUGAAGGCGAGGCAAAUGUUGAAUUCGAGUAGACAGAAGGUGAAUGAGACGGAGUUUAAGCUGUUCAUGAAAGAUAUGGGGUUGACUCUUCUCUUUAUACCGGUGGUUAUGUCCGUGAUAUGGUUGUGUACAACCUUCCCCCCUAUCAUUUUUAUGUUAAUGCUAGGUUAUUUUUUGCCCUAGCCAAUUUAUUUUAGUUCUCUAGGAGGUUCUUAUCAGUUUUUAUUUAAGAAUUAUUAUUGCUAAG